AUGGAUGACGUCAGCAUGACUUAUACCAUUGGCGGUGUUACUAUUCCAGUUGCAACUCCAGCUACCAGUACACAUCCAGUCCCAGUUACUGUCACCAUCGUCGAGACCUCACCUUCCUCUACCGGGGUUUGCAGCACAGCUACAGCUGCAGCAGUUGGACUACAGACAAGUGCUGUUACCGUCCAAUCCCGUUCUCGGUCCUCUCGUGACAGAUGUAUGCCGGCCCACUUUCAGGACUUUGUUAUUGACCACCAUCCUUCAACUUCCGGCAGAACAGAUGAACAUAGCGUUGUAACCACACAAACAUCUCGUUCACGGAGGAGUUCUCACUCAUCGAACUCACUCUACAGCGGACAGUCCCGUCACAGUAAAUCUUCCUUCAAGUCAAUACUGAGUGACUCCCAAUCAGCGAAACUCAAACAGCAACCCAAACAGGCUGAACUGGAAGAGAUGAAACGCCAGAUUGAGGAAGAUCAAUCAGCAGAUGAAGAGUUACAAAGGCUAGACGAUGAGUCCCGAGCGAGGCGAAUUGUCAGUCAGGCUACUGCUAUCCAGAAGAGUGACAACCCUUCUAACGAUAAGAAGGAUAAACACUUUCAGAAGAGGAAUGCUCCUGCAACAGCAGUAUUCGUCACAAACGAAACACCAACGAUGCCCCCAUCGACGAACACCACUUACUCUGGACAGAAGGGCCCAAACAAACCCAAAGCCUACUGUCCCAAGUGUAACGAGACAACACACUACCUCAACAGCUGUACAGAGUUUAAACAGUUGACAACCGAACAGAUCAUCAACUGGAUCAAGGAAAAGAAUAGGUGCUGGAGGUGUGGGCAUUCCCACAAGCCAGAAAACUGCACCCUGAAGAAACCUUGUAACACCUGCAAAGAACAGCACCUGACUGCCCUCCAUGCUGCCAUCCAGAGCGGAGCUAGUAAGGUUUACGUCACAGAAGCAGUAACGCAAGCCCUCUUCAUCGACCAACCCUCCCGACCACAUCAUAUUAUGCUAAAGGUGGUAAAAGUUCUGCUUCACGGACCAGGAGGGAUGAUGGAGACCUAUGCCAUCCUUGACGACGGUUUAAUGAGAACCAUGAUCCUGAUGCCAGCUGUUCAAGCGUUGAAGCUUUCUGGGGUAGAAGACAACAUACUCCUGGCUACAGUGCGCAGUGAGCCAUUCCUAUGUGCAGGAAAAUCAGUUAACCUGCAAGUGUCACCCAGGGACAACUCUGACGUCAGAUAUCCUAUCAAUGGUGCCUUUGCUGCCAACAACUUGUGCCUCUCUGAGUACUCGUAUCCUGCUGAAGCCCUCAAGGAACGAUGGUCACACCUUCGUCAGAUACCCUUGCCUCCGAUCAAUAAGGCUUGCCCACUAAUCCUGAUUGGUUCAGACUAUGCUGAUCUCAUUCACCCGAUACAACCAGUUCGAUUUGGCCCCAGAGGAGCACCAUUAGCCGUAUGCACAAAACUUGGUUGGUCUCUACAGGGUCCAGCCAAUCUCCUUCAAAGCCAAUCAGAAGAGCAACAGUGCUUAUUCACGACAACCCUUCAGCCAACCAAAGAUCUGCUUAAAAAUGUUGAACGACUCUGGCAAGCAGACAUCCUACCCUACUCUGAAAAGCAAGUCACUCGCUCGAAACAAGAUAAGCAAGCCAUAGCGACACUUGACGAAAAAACCAUCAGAAUAGAGAUUGACGGAGUUCAGCGCUACGCCACUCCUCUACUUCGCACCAAAGACGACAACAAAUUCAGAGCUACUAAGGAAGCCGUCAUGCAAAACCUGAAGCGGAACGAAAGACGCCUCCAAAAACACCCAGAUAAAGCUGAAAUUCACAACAAGCUUAUCCAAACCCUUGUCGACACAGGCUUUGUGAAAAUCAUCAGCAACGAAGAAGCUCUGAAAACUGAAGAGUCCUGGUACAUUCCGCACCACGUAGUUGAGCACAAUGGAAAACACCGCUUGGUAUUCAACUGCUCUUACGAGAAUGAAGGCAGGAUCCUCAACAACCACCUACUACCAGGGCCAACACAAGGUGCUUCACUGCUUGGCGUAUUCCUGCGAUUCCGCCAACACCCCGUUGCCAUAUCUGGGGAUAUUCAGGCAAUGUUCCAUCAAGUGAGACUACUCCCUGAAGACAAACCUCUCCUUCGAUUUGUAUGGCGUAAGAUGAACCGAGACGUUGAGCCAGAUAUCUACGAAUGGCAAGUUUUACCAUUUGGCACCACGUGCAGCCCAUGCUGUGCCACAUUUGCACUACGCAAACACGUCAGCGACGACAAGGAUGUCUGCAGUGCAGUUGACCAGGCAUUCUACGUCGACAAUUGCCUUGACAGUAAACCUACCAUAUCCGAAGCAAAGGAGCUCGUUAUGAAGAUGCGAAAGCUACUCUCAACUGGUGGUUUCAACAUCAGACACGGGGCCAGCAACAUCCCUUCAGUAGUUGAUGAACUUCCAUCUAAUGCCAGAUCUGAAGGCUACGAGCUCUGGUUAGCCUUUGGUCAGAACGACUUGUCCGAAGGCACCCUUGGACUUCGAUGGCAAUGUUCCACAGACGAACUCAGUUAUAAACACAGAUCAACUAAGUACUCGACGCUCAACCUACGAACUAUCUACAAGAUUCUUGCUAGCCAGUAUGAUCCAAUUGGCUACAUUUCUCCCUUCACAGCACGUGCUAAGGUGCUAGUGCAAGACCUUUGGAAGACAAAACGAGACUGGGACGACCCUCUGGAACCAGGAAAGAUCCGUGAUCAGUGGCUCACUUGGGAGGAGCUCUCCGACCUUCCUCUGGUUAAACUGCCGAGAUGUUACACCCCGCCUGAUGUCAACACAGUGACUUCCAAUAGAGAACUACAUGUUUUCUGUGACGCAUCUGAACAAGUAUACGGAUCAGUUGCCUACCUCCGCACUGAAGAUGACAAGGGGAACGUCAGCACCCUUACAGAUGUGCAGGACUGGCGCUAUGUGGACACCCAGAACAACCCUGCCGAUGACAUUACCAGGGGUAAGUCACUCAAAGAACUGAGUGAAGAAUCCCGAUGGAAGACAGGCCCACUCUAUCUUCGUCAACCUCCUUCUCAGUGGCCGAAAAGUCAAAUCACUGACCCUACAGAGGAUGCAACAGAGCUGAAGAAAGCAACCUUCUGUGGUAAGACUGCCAUUGUAGAAAACCCAUUGCAGCCAGAUCUCCAUCAGUACAACAGCUGGGACGCUCAGGUAGAGGCUUUCAUAAUAUCCCUUCACGGUGUGGCCAAACCUGGAGAUGACACAGCACAGUUGCGGGAGGACAUCAAAAAUCUUCUGUACCAAAAAUGUCAACUCGAAAGCUUCCCUGAGGAGCUGUCUGCCUUAAAGGCCAAACGAGGAAUACCGUCCGGGAGCAAGCUCUCACAGUUGGACCCAGCCUAUGACGAAACCGCAAAGCUCAUCAGAGUUGGAGGACGACUACGUAGGGCAGAAAUCCUCUCUGAUGCUGUUAAAUACCCAAUCGUCCUUGAUCCUCAUCACCACAUCACCAAGCUGAUAAUACGUGACUAUGACGAGAAGCUUCUUCACUAUGGUCCAGAACAUAUUCUAGCUGAAUUAAGACGCAAGUUUUGGAUACUCCGGGGAAGGGAGGCAAUUCGUCGUCAUCAGCAUCAAUGCUUUGAAUGCCGCAAAUGGCGCGCAAAACCCAAAGUACCAAAGAUGGGUGAUCUUCCUCCGUCCCGUCUCCGUCUAUUUAAGCCAGCCUUCUACUCUACCGGUGUUGACUGUUUCGGUCCGAUGCAUGUCAAGAUUGGUCGCCGCUCCGAGAAAAGGUGGGGGGUGAUCUUCAAGUGUAUGACGACCAGAGCUAUUCAUAUAGAUCUCUUAGAAGGCCUGGACACCGAUGCCUUCUUGAUGUCCUUUCGGCGCUUCAUUUCCAGACGAGGGAAGCCCUAUGAGUUGCUAUCUGAUUGCGGAACCAAUUUCAAGGGAGCUGAAACUGAAUUACAGGAAGCAUUCCAUGCCAUGAAACCUGACCUUGCUGCACAACUAGGCGACCAGAAAGUGAAGUUCAAGUUUAAUCCACCCAGUGCACCUCACUUCGGCGGAGUGUGGGAGCGAGAGAUCAAGAGUAUUAAAGACGGUCUCAAGGUUGUAAUCAAGGACCAAUCAGUCACCGAAGCCGUACUACGCACCGUCCUAAUAGAAAUUGAAGGCAUCCUCAAUUCCAAGCCAUUGGGCUACAUCUCAUCUGAUGUUGCAGACAUCAAUUCCAUAACUCCGAAUAUCCUACUGAUGGGACGCCAUGACCAGUCACUUCCACAAGUAGUAUACACUGUCGACGAGCUGAUAGGACGACGCCGAUGGCGCCACAGCCAAGUACUAGCGGACCAGUUCUGGUCACAUUUCCUGAAAUACUACCUGCCAAGCCUCCAACUUCGCUCAAAAUGGCAAAAGGACUGCCGUAACCUCACCUGUGGCGAUGUUGUCAUGAUUGCCGACCCUCAGCAGCCUAGAGCUCAUUGGCUAGUUGGUAGAGUCAUCGAGACACUUCCUGGAGUUGAUGAUCGCAUCCGAGCGGCAAGAGUUAAAGUCGCUGAUCGCGAAUACACCAGACCCGUUGCGCAUCUGAUACGCCUACCUGAGAUCACCGAUAGUGAAAACCCCUAG